AUGUGUGUCUUUCCUAUCGUCUCAAGGCUCAUGAUGCUCCAGCUGCUCAGUUCGCUCCUAUUUGUGGCCCUUGCCUCGGGCUGUGGCCGACCUUCCCACCAGCCCUCCGCCCGCGUUGUCAAUGGUGAGGACGCAGUCCCCUACAGCUGGCCUUGGCAGGUCUCCCUGCAGUACAAGAAAGAUGGAGCCUUCUACCACACCUGUGGCGGCAGCCUUAUCGCCCCUGACUGGGUCAUGACUGCAGGCCACUGCAUCUCGAACUCCUUGACCUACCAGGUGGUGUUGGGCGAGUAUAACCGGGUUGAGGAUGAGGGCUCCGAACAGGUGAUCCCCAUCAAUGCCGGGGACCUCUUCGUGCAUCCACUCUGGAACUCCAACUGCGUAGCCUGUGGCAAUGACAUCGCCCUCAUCAAGCUCUCACGCAGUGCCCAACUGGGAGAUGCCGUCCAGCUCGCCUGCCUCCCGCCCGCUGGGGACAUCCUGCCCAACGGGGCGCCCUGCUACAUCAGCGGCUGGGGCCGGCUCUCCACUGGUGGGCCACUCCCAGACAAGCUGCAGCAGGCCCUGCUGCCCGUGGUGGACUAUGAGCACUGCUCUAAGCGGGACUGGUGGGGCAGCUCCUUGAAGAAGAGCAUGGUGUGCGCUGGCGGGGAUCUUGUCUCUGGGUGCAACGGUGACUCUGGAGGACCCCUCAACUGCCCCACAGCAGAUGGCUCCUGGCAGGUCCACGGUGUGACCAGCUUUGUAUCUGCCUUCGGCUGCAACACCGUCAAGAAGCCCACAGUGUUCACACGAGUCUCGGCCUUCAAUGACUGGAUCGAGGAGGUGAGCGGGAGAGGGCGAGCGGGAGGCCUCCAUGCCAGGCUGGGUGAGAACAGCAGAUCCUGAGGAGGAGCUGAAAGGAUCUCAGAAGGUCAGGA